UAGAGUGUCGGAAAACACCUCUUCGUCUGACGAAGUGGAAGAACUGCGGAGAGAUUCGUCAGGCUGGAACGGAGUCCGUGGAAGUUGAACGUCGGUUGCAGCAUCUGAUCGGAGACUAUGGACGAAGGUGGCGAGGAUGACGAGCACUUCUGGAUGGAGGAACCGCUGAAGCAACAGUCUGAACCGACGCGGAGGAAGAGAAGAAAGGUUAGGUCGAAAAAAAUGGAAUUUAUCGGAUGGGGAUCUAAGCCUCUGAUUGAAUUUCUUGAAUCGAUUGGCAAGGACACCAGCAAACAGAUCUCUCAGUAUGAGGUGACUGCCAUCGUCACUGAAUAUGUUAACGCGAAUAACCUUUUUCAUCCACAUAAGAAGAAGAGAGUUCUGUGUGAUGGGAGGCUCCAUUCUCUCUUUGGGAAGAAAGCGGUGGCUCGAAUUAAAAUAUAUGAUUUGCUGGAAGCGCACUACGCUGAGAACCAAGACGAACUAGAUGAUAGCUUUUUGUACAGUUCAGAGGAAGAUGGCGAGAGUAGCAGUAAACAACGGACAGCCGUAAGUGUAGACCGGAAGAAUGUAUAUCAAAAGAAGAAGGUUCUGGAAACUCCGAAAAGCUGUUUUGCAGCUAUAGUUUCUUCCAACAUAAAGCAUGUGUAUUUGAAAAGGACUUUGGUUCAGGAUCUCCUGAAGGACCCCGAAGCUUUUGAAGGCAAAGUAGUGGGGAGCUUUGUGAGGAUGAAAUCUGAUCCAAAUGAUUGCUUCCAGAAAAAUUCACACCAGCUUCUGCAAGUUACAGGUGUGAAAAGAGCUGCUGGAACUGGAAAUUCUACAACUGAGAUCCUCCUUGAACUAUCCAAUAUGGUGAAAAGCAUUCAGAUUGGCGUGCUGUCAGAUGAUAACUUUUCGGAGGAAGAAUGUGAAGAUUUGCGUCAAAGAGUAACAAGUGGCUCUAUCAAGAGGCCUACUGUUGUGGAGUUGCAAGAAAAGGCGCAAAUGUUGCACGAGGAUAUCACAAAGCAUUGGCUGAUGAAAGAAAUUAGAUUGUUGCAACAUUUGAUUGAUCGGGCAAAUGAGAAGGGGUGGCGCAGAGAAUUAUUUGAGUACCUGGAAAGAAAGGAGAAGCUACAGACACCGUCAGAGCAGUCUAGACUACUGCUUGAGGUUCCAAAGGUAAUUGCGGAUGACAUUGAACAGGAAGCUAAACCCCAAGAGACAAAUGGAAGUCCUCCAAGAUUAAUGCUUACUUGGGAAAGAGAGACUUCUAAAGAUUUAGAAUCAAACCAGAUCAUUUCAAACCAAAAAGUCAACAAUGUUGAUGCUACAGAAAAUCAGCCAACUCAACCACAGGGGAUACAGCAUUUGAAUCUGGAAGAAUGCACUUGUUCUCAGGGAAGAAUUAUUCCGCAGGUUAUGGAAACUCAAGUAGUUGAAGUUAGUGAUGAUGAUAAAUUGACUAAAGAUUCCACCGGCCAACACCUAACUCUCGGUGACCACCCCAGAAGAUCAAUAUGGCACUAUGUGGAUCCCCAGGGAGAAGUACAAGGGCCCUUUCCAUUGGGAUCACUCAAACAUUGGUAUGAUGCUAACUACUUUCCUCCAGAUUUCAAGGUUUGGAAGGCAGGUCAAACUCAGGAAGACGCGGUUUUAUUAAGUGACUUGCUUGUCCAAAUGUCUUCAGGCUAACUAGAGUGUACAAGUACAUUUAAUUAAUCUCCCAAAGUUAAAAACUGUUGAAUAAAAUCUUCCAAAUGAGAUUUGUUCUGGA